UUAAACAGACGAGGACAUGUCAUAAGCCAACCUUCAAUUUUGAAUUAUGAGAUAUCUUCCUAUAGUCUCAGCUCUUUUAGAAUUUUUGAAACUGAUAAGAUUGUCUUCCUUGUCAAACUGCAGUGGAUUUGAUGGUACUUCAGUUUGCUGCGCUGGUUAUGUUUGGAACAAGGCUGUAGGCAAUUGUACCCCUUGUACUUCGGGCUUUCAUGGACCAGAUUGCAAUGUUCCCUGUCCGUACCCAUCUUUCGGAAAAGACUGUCAGUCCUGGUGUAACUGUAGCAAAUUUAAAUGUGACCAUCAGCUGGGAUGUAGGAAAAAUCCUCAAGAUUGUGACAUCGGGUAUUAUGGAUACUUUUGCGAGGAUCGAUGCAGAUAUUCUAAUUUUGGGUAUAUGUGUCAAGAAAACUGUAAAUGUGAGCAGGAUAUGUGUCACUUUGUAAAAGGAUGUAAACAUACUUUAGCCAGUUCAGUCACUGCAGAUACUGCGUAUCUGACACGUCCAUCCGACAGUUCUUCAGUCCUCACCAUCGUAGAUAAAUCCUUGGGAAACAAAACAAUUCCUAUAAUAUCCGCGUUAAGUAAAAAAG